AUGGCAAAUCCUCAAGAAAUCAUCGAACAGCAGCCCGACUUUUCACGCCUUGCUGACUCUCUCCAAACUGCUGGUGAAGAAUUCAGCAAAUUGAGAAAUCAUCACGCUUUCGACCAUGGAGCGGAACUCAUGCAAGCUAUCAAGGCGUUGUCUCAAGAGAUGCAAAGCAUGAAGACUGAAAUGAAGACUGAAAUCGGGAAAGUCAACACCAACAUGGCAGCCAUGAAAACCGACAUCACAGUCAUCAAAGGGGACAUCAGGGAUAUCAAACAGGACAUCACGGGGCUUAGGACCUAUAUCUCGGUGAUCGAUCUUAAUGCCGCGGCUCGAUCCCACAAUUCAAAACUGCUGCACGAUAGUGAUCCACUUUUCAAAUUUCUCGAUCCCGCCACUGCUGAAGCGAUUCCUAACUUCCCUGCAACGUCAGCUGAGAUUCGCUCGAUCAAUCCACGAAACCUCAACGGCAUCCUACGAGCUCUGGGACUGCCAACUGGCGGAGACGUCAAUGACAGAAAGAGCAAGCUCAGAAUUCAUAUUGGUCUAUCUGAAAACCCUGCAUGA